AUGGAGGCUUCCCUUGCCGAGGCGAGCACCCAAUACAAGCAAAUAGGAUAUGGGGACGGCGAAAAAGUAUCACCGAUACCAACAAUUCCUCAGGGCACUUUCCAAACUGAUGCAGAGGUCGAGACAUUGCGGAGGGCCACAACCUGUGAGGAACUGCCCCACAACGAAAAUGGAGACCUAGAAACCUCUAAAGGCUCCUCCAAUGCCUUGUUGACAACACACCACAAACUGUGUUUCAAAGGGGAUCAAUGGGGGUUGGUUCUCGAGAAAUACUAUGACGAGCUUUAUAAUGCAUUUAACAGUGAGACUGCAAAAGCAUUAGAUGUUUCCUGCGCCGAUGUAUUCGGAAUAGUUUUCUAUCUCGGGUCUCUUACAGUUCAGUUCUCGGUUCAUCACACUGAAAACAUCUCGGGAAGUGACGUGAAUAGCACACUACUCGCUCACGACUAUGCGGAUGUAUGGGCAUUGUACUACCAAGUAAAAACAAAACUACCCGAUAUACCCGGUACAAACGACCAAGAAGCACCACGUAUAUCGCGAACUUCACCGGGAAUCGGAAGCCAAAGUGAAUUAGACAAAUCAACGCCUGGCAAAUCUGCACAAGAGGAGAGUUUCUCCGUUAACAAGGCUGCCGCUGCUGAAGACGAUUUCACAACGACAAACAUCACCCCUAACCCAAACUCUCCGCAAGCAUCGAGAAGCCACCUUUUAAGCUUCCCCGGAUUGGAGUGGGGAGAGAUUCUAAAACAUCACAAAAAGGAGCUUAAAACCGCUAUUGCACUCGACGUAUACGACGCCACGGAGAGGACUGCAAAGGCUGAACUUCAGCUUAGUUUUGAUGACCAAACACUUUCCGCCAGAUGUAUAUUUGCACACGAGAUCAACAUGACGCCGACAAGAAUUAAUCGACAGCUUUUGGAACACAAAUACAGCCGUGUCUGGAAUCUAUACACCCAAAAAACGAAGUGCAUCGAAAACAAUUCAGACAAAAAGGCGGAAGAGAAAGACAACACAAAGAAAGAAACAGCACCCAGCGCCAAACACACAGACGAUAACUGUCUAACCGAGACGGGCCACAAAGCACUUCCUAUUGGGGACACAUCAUCCGAAAAUACGGCACAACCAUUAACCCCGCCGAAAAGUGUUCAGCACGAGACCCCCAAACCCAAAGCUAUUACAGGACUAGCUUCACCUCAUGGGGCCCUUGCUGUUAAUAGUGAUGAUCCCCUGACAGAAAUAAAAAUUCUCUCACCCAACUGCCGCGUGCUUGGUGGAUAUCCUCUAAAGGAAGACAUUGUUCCUCUGGAGGUUGUAUCUUCCUUUCCGCAUAAAGAGGAGCUUGUGGUGACAAAGCACCGUGUGCGGUUUGAGGGCGAUGACUGGGACCUUGUUGUCGAGCAGAAGCGCGCUGCUCUUUGCGAGGCGUUUGACGCAGACGUGUGCAGUGCGGUCGGGAUCCCCCGGGGCUCCGUGGUGAAUGCUGAGUUUAUUCUCGGCAGUCUAUGUGCUGAGUUCGGUGUCCGCCAUGCGCCGUCGCUUCGGAAGCGCGAGAUCAACCGGUGCCUUGCGGGGUGUGAGUUCAAGGAGACCUGGAAGCUGUACGAGCCACGGGGAGGCGUGCUCAGGGCUCAAGACGUUGUGCUUCCUAGUGGCGCCGAAACCGAGGANUGCUGA